AUGGCUAACAUGUUCCAAACACGUCCUCACACUUACACACUUACACAUCCAACUUUCAGCACACUCUCGGCGCUCGGGUCCCCCCCUCACGGCAGAAGCGGCUACGACGCCAGCGGAGGGCUAAACACACAGGCCGACUACAUCAUGCGCAGGAGGGAGGAACUAAAGAGAGUUCAAAACUGCUACGUAUUGCCAAAGGAAGCGAUAGCCAGACAGCAUAAGCUAGUGAUCUGUAAAGCGAUGCUGCAGACUAAAGAGAAACAGAAAACAUACAGCAUUCCGAAGACUCGAUGGUGGAAGUUGAACUCAAAAGUACAUCGAGAAGAGUUUGUCCAGAAAUUGGAAAGAAAGAUGGGUGCAGAAGAGAUAUCAUGGGAGAGGUUGAGUACCGCUGUGAAGGAAGUUGCGAAGGAGGUUAUGACAGUAACAUCGGGAAAGAAGGGAAAGAAAGAAGGAACAUGGUGGUGGUGCGAGGAAGUCCAGGAGGCAAUCAAAGUAAAAAGGGAAAGGAAGAGAGACAGGGACCUAAAUAGAUGUGAGGCAACAAUUGAAGCAUAUAAGAAGGCAAAUAAAGAUGCUAAGAAAGCAGUGGCAAAAGCAAAGAGAGCAGCAUAUGAGGACCUGUACAACAGCCUAGAGGGGCCAGAUGGGCAGCAGAAAGCGAUCAGACUGGCGAAACAGAGAAACAAGAAAUCCCAAGAUGUAUACCAGGCAAAGAUGGUGAAAGACAGGAAUGGACAAGAUUGCGGAAACUACCGUGGUAUAAAGCUCACAUCUCACACUUUGAAACUGUGGGAAAGGAUAAUUGACAAAAGACUGAGAACCAGGGUGACAGUGUCAGAACAGCAGUUCAGUUUCAUGCCAGGACGGAGCACAUCUGAUGCCACAUUUGCGCUGCGACAGCUGAUGGAAACGUACAGGGAUGGCCAAGAAGACCUGCACUGUAUCUUCAUCGACCUAGAAAAGGCAUACGAUCGGGUACCCCGGCAGGAAAUAUGGAACAGUCUGCGGCUGAAAGGGGUGGGAGAAAAGCACAUUCGCCUCAUCCAAGACAUGUACAAAGGGUGUCAGACCCAAGUCAGAUGUGCGGCAGGAGAGACGGAGGUCUUUGAGUUUGCGGUUGGACUGCAUCAGGGCUCUGCACUCAGCCCUUUCCUGUUCGUGAUCAUAAUCGACUGUCUAACCCAAGAAGUGCAGAGGGAGGCGCCAUGGGAUAUGCUGUUUGCGGACGAUGUCGUGGUGUGUGGGAACAGGAGGGAUAAAAUUGAAGAGAGACUGGAACUGUGGCAGGGUGCAAUGGAGGACAGAGUGCAAGAGGAUGGUGGUUCAGACAAGGAGGUAACCAAAAGGAUCCAGGCAGGGUGGGGAGCUUGGAAGAUCACAGGUGUCAUGUGUGACAAGAACGUGCCAGAGAAAGUAAAAGGCAGACUGUAUAAGACGUUGGUGAGGCCGGCAAUGAUGUACGGAAUGGAAACAGUGGCGGUGACGAAGGUCCAAGAAGAGAGGAUGCAGGUAGCAGAGAUGAAAAUGUUGAGGUGGUCGUUGGGGUUGACAAUAAUGGACAAGGUGAGAAAUGAGACGAUUAGGGAGCGAGUGCAAGUGGGCGAGCUGAAGAAGAAGCUGAGCGAGACAAGAUUGAGGUGGCUGGGACAUGUGACAAGGAGAGAGGAGAGCUAUGUUGGGAGACGAGUGAGACGGUUAACAGUCGAAAAGCCACAGUCGGGAGCCGCGCCUCACUACGCCCGCGCGGGGAAGACGAUGUCCCAGUUGCCGUUCUCGAAGAACGUGAGAGUCGCUCCGGAGAUGAACGACAUUCCGACGCACAUAAUUUCAUUUUUAGAGUGGAGCAUAAACAGCCCUUUCUCCUGUUUGCCGAAGCACUUCACCGACACAUCCCUGGCGACAAAGUGUCUUUCAACCCUCCCUUCAAACGACACGGCCACCAAUGGUGUGCUCAGCCUCUCCUCCUUCAGCUGUAAUUCCUGA